GUGCUUAAAACACUUUCCAUCACUUCACGAUUUGGUUAGUUGUGUUUCAGCAGGACAGUCUUGUGCAGCUGUCUCAUCUAGGCAGUUGGACUUUUUCCAAACUGGGACUGAAAGUUGGAUUUAAUGGAAAAGUUUUGGUCUGUUCUUUACUGUGCGUCAAGUGAUUUAAUCUAAAACAUCUCAACAAAAUGUCCAGCAGUCUUUUGGUGAAAACUCUGGAGGACAUGACCCUGGAUCCGGGCUAUGUGACCGGGGAUCCCUGCCCGUCCCUCAGCCUGUCGUCCUCCGGCAGGUCAAGGCAGUCUCAGCCUCACACAAGCACUCCUCACCGGGGUACCUGGUGGCAGCACGCCGGCUCUCUGUACAGCAGGAAUGGCAGCUGGGACACGGUGAGCACGCUGCCGGAGGACGCUGCGGACAUCCUGGUCAAGUGUCCCUGCCUGCCCGAUGUGGAGGAGUAUCCCUGGACCGAGCAGGAGCUGAGAGAAAUCGCGCGUCGAGUUGCCGAUUCGGAUGCCUCGUUCACCGGAGAAGCUGUCCACAGGCUGUCCAGUCUGCUCCGGAGGGCUUUGGUGCGGAUCUCCCGGGAGGCACAGCGACUCAGUGAGCUCCACAGGCGGUGCACGCGCCUGGAGGUCCAGAGCGCGGUGAGGCUGGUGCUAAGCUGGGGUCUGGCCGAGAAGUGCAUCUCCUCCGCAGUGAAAGCCGUGUCUCUCCACUGCAUGAGCUCCGGGGACACAGCACGUCAGCGGGGCAAGUCCGCGCGCUGCGGUCUGACGCUCUCCGUGGGCCGCUUUUUCAGGUGGAUGGUGGAAACACGCGUGUCGGUACGCGUGCAUGAGUACGCCGCUGUCUGCCUGACGGCAUGUGUGGAGAGUUUGACGGAGGAGGUGGUUGUACGAGCGCUGCAAGCUGCGAGGCUGACCGCGGAGAGGGAGGAGGAGAAGCGGGGCGGCGGGGUCACCUGCUGCCCGGUGACCGUGGAGCUGCUGGAGGGAGCUGUCAACAAUGACGCGGAGCUGUGGGGACUGCUGCAGGUCUAUGAGCAUCUGAUAUGUGGCAAAAAUGCCAAUGGUGAGCUGACGCUGCCAGCCCAUGUCAGCCCGUACACAAAGGUUCCUGCAGAUUCAGUGGAGAGCAGAGAGGACGCCUACUUCCAGCUGGAACUGCGAACGCUGGAGCAGGCUCUACUUGCCACCUGUGUGGGCAGCAUCGCAGAGCUCAGUGAUCUUGUGUCUCGAGCGAUGCACCACAUGCAGCGUCUGCGCAGCUCGAGCCCUUCCAUCAGCCCCACUCCCUUAGCCAAUCAGCUCUCAGUAUCCUGGGCUGCAGACGCCCUCCGUACACUCUACUACUUCCUGUCCAGCCCACAGAUGGAGUCACUGGAAAAUCCCAACCUAGAGCCGCCGACCAUGACACUGAGCAGAGAGAGGCCAUUCCUGCUCCUCCCUCCUCUCAUGGAGUGGAUCAGAGUCGCUGUGGUGCAUGCUGAACAUCGCCGCAGCCUAUUGGUGGACAGCGAUGAUGUCAGACAGACAGCCAGGCAGCUCCUCCCAGGACUGGACUGUGAGCCCAGACAGCUAAAGUCGGAGUGCUGUUUCCAGUCAUUUAAAUGUUUGGAUGCAGAAGCUGCUUCAGCCAAGUUCCAGCUGGAUUUGGGCUUCAGGAUGCUCUCAUGUGGCCGAGCAGAUUUGAUCCAUCAGGCCACACAGCUCCUGGGAGAUGAGGGGCUUAACACCAUGGACGACCAGGGAAUGACUCCUCUGAUGUACGCCUCAGCAGCAGGAGAUGAAGCUCUGGUGCAGAUGCUCAUAGAGGCUGGAGCCAACCUGGACCUGCAGGUCCCAGGCUGCUCUUCCAGACACCCAUCGGUUCCUCCUGGCAGUCGGCGCUGGGUGGCUUUGACGUUCGCUGUGCUGCACAGUCACCUGUCUGUGGCCCAGCUGCUGUUGGAGGCCGGAGCUGAUGUGGAGGGAGGAGCCCUGCUGGAUGGUCAGGAGAGCUCAGCUGAGACGCCGCUACAGCUAGCUGCUGCUGCAGGUUACUAUGAGAUGGUGAGCUUGCUCCUCACCCAUGGAGCAGACCCUCUCCUCAGAGUGCAUCAUGGGAAUUCCCUGACAUCACCAUUGUAUGAGGACAUGAACUGCUUCAGCUAUGCUGCAGCACACGGACACAGGAACAUCCUAAGGAGGCUGCUGCAACAGCCCCAGCACAGGAAGGAGGACAUCCUCUCUCUGGAGGAGAUCCUGGCUGAGGGAGUGCAGGAAGAGCAGGAGGAGCAACAGGAUGCAAAAGCUCCAGCUCCUGACUCUCUGAGCCCUAUCCCCAGGCUGUGCAAGGCCAGGAUGAAAGCCCUGCAGCAGGCAGCCUACUACAGUGCUGAGCACGGUUACCUGGAUGUGACCAUGGAGCUAAGAGAGAUGGGUGUUCCCUGGAGGCUCCACAUCUGGCUUGAGUCUCUCCACAGAGCCCAGCAGCUGUGCAGGGACAAAGUCAUCGUCUCCCUCCUCACAGAGUUCCCCUGCAUCAGGACGGAGGACUACAGCCCUGAGCUCCCCUCCACAGGCAUACCGCUCAUGUUCAGCAUGCUAGAAACCAACAAGGACUACGUGAUAACCAAGUGGCUGGCAUCUGUGUUCUCUCACUGCUACAGCUGCUCUCCCGUUCCUCCCAUCCUACCCAUGGAUGUCACUCUGUCCACACAGCUAGAUAUUCAUUUCCUGAACAAUCAGGAGAUGUCAGACGUGACGUUUAUGGUGGAGGGGCGUCCAUUCUUCGCUCACCGGGUGCUGCUGAUGUCGGCUUCUGAAAGGUUUCGGCGGAUGCUCUGCGACUCCCCCGACAAUAUCAUCCAUGUCAGUCACAUGACCUACAGCACAUUCCAGAUGACUAUGAAGUCUCUGUACUGUGGAGGAACAGAGGGACUGACAGUCUCCCACUCUGAAGCCAUGAAGCUGCUGCCAGUGGCUACUUUCUUCCAGCUCAGAGGUCUGCAGAGGUGCUGUGAGAUGAAGCUGUCACAAAGUCUGACUCUGGACAAUGCUGUCAGCAUCUACCAGACUGCCAAGCAACACGGAGCGGCUGAACUCUGCAGGUUCUGUGAAGGAUUCUUUCUAAAGUACAUGGACCGGCUCCUGGACCGGGAGGACUUCCACCGCCUGCUGCUGGGCGCCAUUGGUCAGGAGCAGAUCUGCCCAGAGGUGGGCACCCAGGACCAGGAUCUACCGAUUCUCCUGGAGGUUUUGGAGGCCACAUUAAUCCACAGACUUUACACCCUGCACUCUGCAUGUCGAGAGUAGAAACAAUGCAGCAGCCUCCAAUACCCUGGGUUGUGUUCAGCCACACUGGUAUGUGUGUUAAAGGAAAAGUAGCCAUAUACUGUGUUUUUAAUUUCUUUAGUCUUCUUAGGGAGAACACCUUAGUGUAGAAGAAGAGUAGACUGUUUUAACAAGUUCUUCAUUCUAGUUAUUUAUCUUGACACAAGUGAACAUUUCUAUAACUUGGAAGAGACAAUCCAAAUUGAUUAUGUAGAAUGUUAAUGAUUAACUCAUGUAUCAGGUAAAAUGAACAGACUUGUGCCUGCAUUUUAAAAUUUGAGAAAUUUCUGUUUCCUGUUGCUGUAAAUCAAAUGUGUUUUUGGUUUCUUUGAGUGUUUGUUGGUCACAUUAAGCAACUUGAACACAUCACAUAAGCUCUAGAAAAAUGUGAUAGUAUAAAUUAUAAAAUUAUUAUUUAAUUUGUCGUUUAUCAGUUUUUUAUUAAUCAGGUUUUUGAGGUUUCACUUGUGACAGGACCAGUCUAGAGACAAGUAUAUAAAAAGGCAGACAUUACCUCAAACCAGUUGUUUAGAGAAUAUUUACACAUAAUUCUUACUAAAGUUAAAAUGUAUGUUAAUUGCAUAUCAUACAUGUAUAACCUGUACAGAUCAGAGUCCCACUAACUUAAUAUCUGGAGAACCGCUCCCCCUAAUAUCACAACAGCAAAAACUAACAUAUGAAUAAAGGCAUUCAGUGGUUGUCCAGAAGAAGUUCCAGGUAUAGAUCAUCAUAUAGGGAGAUACAAUUUAUACAAUCUAUAAUUUAACUGUAACUACUAAAUCAGUCAAUAUAAUGUGGGAAAACCUUUUUUUUUUUUGUGUUUUAUCAAACAUGAAGGGGCUGAAGCUGUGCGGGGGAAUUUGGACUCAUAGCAUCAUCAGUGGUCAAAAAUUGUGGCUACAGCCAAGGUGGCACCAUCUUUGACUGAACCUUUGCUGAACCCUGUCCAACCUAGCAGAGCAUGUAUACCAUUUAAAUUAACACAGGUUAGAUUUUUACUUGCUUUUACGAAAGUUUCACUUUAACAAAUGAAAAACUUUUUGAGUACAAGGACUUACCAGUUACUUUACUUAAGAUAAGCCUAGUGAAUACAAUGUCUCUGGCUGGUAGGGUUGCAGGCAUGUAAACUAAAAUCCAUAAAGAACAAGACGGAGCUGUUAAACUAUGAUGUAAUUGAAUCUGGAACCGUCUUCCAUACAGUGAUGGUCCAGUCCUCUAUCAAUCAAUCAAUCAAUCAAUUUUAUUUAUAAAGCCCAAUAUCACAAAUCACAAUUUGCCUCACAGGGCUUU